AUAGGGGCAAAUAACUCGCAAAUGCUAACCAUGCAUGAACGAUCCUUUGUUGCUAUUGACAGACGAGAUAUCUGCGCAGUUCACAUUGAUCCUACCUUUCAUCUGUGUCAUGAAUUAAAGAUUGUCCGUACAAUUUAAUGCAGAUGUACGACACCAAACCACCUGAAGUUAAAGAUGCCUUACGGCGGCGCCGAAAUGACUCCUUGUCUCUCUAUCUGAAGCACUCUUUGGUAUGUGGCGUUCUAUCUUUUAUUGGAGUGGCAGUGGGGAUCGCUAAUAUCGUGGUCGGUGUAGAUGACGGCCCCUGGCACCUAACCGGCGGGUCAUUAAUCCCGGGAAUUUUCAGUUGCAUUUGUGCUUUACUUGGAUAUAAGCUGUACCAAACCGGAUGGGCAGAGCAAGGAGACGUGGAUGCUGGAAUUAAAGCCAAAUGUUUUUUCAUCGCCCACUACGUGCUCAAUCUUCUGACAACCAUUAUCUCCUUGGCCUUCGUUGCUCUGUCUAUCGUUGGCAUUGUCUGGUGUUCUGGGGAGGUACAACAUUACUACGUUAGAAUAAAUCGAGUGCAGUACCAGAAAAACGUCACGUGUCCUGAAGACAGAACAGCAGCUCUAGUGACCGGUGGCUUGGCGGCCUUUGACAGUUUUUUGAUAGUCGUGUGGUGCUUUCUGGGAACGGUUUUCUUUUGCUGUUAUGUACGAGCCUUUGGUUUUGAAAAUAGACGUCGAAAUAAUUGUUGUUGAAGGUACAGGUGUGGGUAUUAAUAUGAACAAAAUGAUGAAGGUUUAGUAUAAUUACAGGUCAUUAUGCUUCACAUUUCAAUUCGAUGAUUGAUUAAUUGAAUAUGUGAAGGACUGUAAAACUUAAGCCCGUGCUCGGCGCUUAUGACCUUUGAGCAGGGGGAUCUUUAUCGUGCCACAACUGCGGUGAUACGAGGCCUCUGUUUUUGCGGUCUCAUUCGAAGGACAGUCCCAAUUAGUCGCUUCUUACGUCAAGCAAGGUGCACGGAAGACCUAUUCUAACCCGGAUCCCCACGAGAUUCAGGUGGAAGGUUAACCUGUCUGCACUGAGAUGUUUGUUAAUUUGUGUAUCGAUUUCGGAAUACGAAAGAUUUAUUUCUAUUGAGUGACAAAUGUUAUUGCGUCAUUCAUGAAUUUGUUUUGUAAAAUAUAUUAAGUAAUUUUUAUGAUUAUAAUAUUGAAGUAUCAGUUAUCGACUUUAUUGUUGUAUUAGCAAAACACAAAAAGUACAAGCGAGGUGUGUAUCAAUCUGCUCAUAAUUAGUUAUUACGUAUGAAGGUAUAUCACAGAAUAAUGCCUGCGGCAUUCUUUUGAUCUUAGUAAUCACUGGUAGAAUUGUAAACAAGGACUUGCAUCCAUUUGGUCAGUCAGUAGGUGACAUCUGAAUUUAUACCUUGGUAAAAAUGUUUCGGUCAAAUUCUCUCAGCAUUAGUAAUACUUGGAAAUGAAAAUGUAGGUGUGUGAUGCUUCACUUGUGAGUCAGCCAUAUUGUGAGUUUUAAUUUGGUACGUGAGUGUAGACAUGAAUUCCCUGAAUAAACAUUUAACAUACAUUCAUCCUUUCUUCAUAUUGAUUCAUCAAUAGAGUUAUUGUUACAUGUAUACAAAUGUAUGUAUAUUCUUGUAAAUAAAAAGACAUUCAUGUGUC